UUCUAUGGGAUAAGCAACCGAAAUAAAGCACCACACUACGCUGGAAGAUGAAUUUAGAAAUGAAUGAGAUUAUCGAAGCUAACUAUUGAGAGCAUGGGGAAGAGUAUUCCUUCAAAAAUUCUCAGUCCAAUGCGGUCAUCGAAAGCUGAGGAUGCCCAUUCGAUGAGUGUAAACAUCAGCCAACAGGGUGACUUGAGUUAGAGGACAUGCCUAAGCCUCAAUAUAAAUCAAACUACAUCAGUAAGGAUGAGCAUGCUGAUAAUGAAUACGAAGGUGGUUGUGAGUCACUCCUAUCAAGCACCUAUAAAUUCUUCCUUCAGAAAGGAAUUGCCUUAAAACUCUCACUGACUCUAAGCGAGAGCAGUAACUCUAGUCUUGAAUGUGAGACUAGAAAAAGAGUUUAUAAUCCUUCCUUCAUUACUAAUUCCUAGUGAGGAAACAAUUUCUGGAAGAGCCCCGAAUGUGAUACUCCAAGAGCUCGUUACGACUCUAAAAACUCACUUGCCCUGGAUGCCAAUCGAGGCCACUCUAGAGCAGGAUGAUGAAGACAUCUAUCAUCAAUCAGACUAUCUUGUCAUGAAGAACAAAUUUUUUGUCACCGACCAAGCAAUUCUCUAUAACCCAACUGAUGAUCAACAAGCAUUAGAAGCUGAUUUCCAUAUUCAUAUGAUCAGCGAAGGAGCCAUCAGAGAGUUUUUGAAGAAACUCUAUAAUAAAUUCAAAAGACUCUUUAAAUCGUUUUGAACGUUAACCUCCAGAAUCACCAGAACGAUUGAAGUGAAACAAGAAGUUGAGGCGAACGACUUUUUCUCUAAUAUAAACUGCGCUAAUCUAAUCUGAGUCGAAAACCCUUGAAUAGAAUAC